UUGUGUGUCGAUUUGAAUAUUAAAUAAAUAUCAUAAUAAGUAGGGAAUACAUUUUUAGAUCUCGCGGAAAGGGGUCGGUGACGGGAAUAUCAUGUCCUCUCUUCUCCGUUCUUGUGAGGAGGAUGAGGGCACGGCGGUUAAUUCCGAGGGAGGAGAUUUUGAUGAAGAAGAAGACGACGGAGACCUGGACGAGAACGCAAGCGACAUAAACUCGCCGGCGGCGCCUAGAGAAACUGCAGCAAGAGCCGCGCCAGAUGAUGGAGACGAAGUCGGCGAGACGUCAGACAGAGAGAGCAUGGGGAAAAAGAAACGAGGCCCAAAGAAAAAGAAAGAGACAAAGAAAAAAGACAAGAACAAGGAGGGGAAGAUGCCCAAAGCGCGCAAGCGCAAAAAAAUGGACAGUGACGUAGAAAGAGACUCAGAUGCAGACUAUGGCGUGAACUCUGACAGUGCUGCCAGUGAUUAUGGAGGGGAGAAGAAAAAGAAGAAAAAACACAAGGACAAAAAAGAGAAGAAAACCAAGAAAAAAAAGAAAGACGAUGAAGACAGCACACACGAGGAGACCACAAAGCCAGUAGAGUUGAAGACGUCAGCACAACUGGCUAAAGACUGGGGUUUAGAGGAUGUUGAUCACACCUUUACAGAGGAGGAUUACCGCACAUUAACCAACUACAAAGCCUUCAGCCAGUUCAUGAGACCCAUGAUUGCUAAGAAGAACCCUAAAAUCCCCAUGUCUAAGAUGAUGACCAUUCUGGGGGCCAAAUGGCGGGAAUUCAGUUCCAAUAAUCCGUUCAAAGGUUCGGCAGCAGCCAUUGCUGCUGCUGCUGCUGCCGCUGCAGCAGCCGUUGCCGAGCAGGUCUCCGCAGCAACAGCCUCCCCUGAACCUCCUCCUCAGCCACCACCACUUCGCAAGGCCAAAACCAAAGAGGGGAAAGGCCCUGGCUACAAGAAACGCAGUAAGAGUCCUCGUGUCUCAGACAAGAAGAAGCCGAAACCCAAGAAAAUGGCCCCACUUCGCAUCAAACUGGGAGCACUGGGCAACAAGAGAAAGAAGAGCAGCUCGAGUGACGAGGUAGAAGAAGACGAUUCCGAGCAGGAGAAUUCGAGCGUUCACAGUUCCUCAGUGCGUUCUGACAGCUCAGGACGUGUCAAGAAGAACAAGAGGGGUCGCCCGGCAAAAAAAAAGAAAAAGGUGCUGGCCGACGAGGACGGUGAUGGCUAUGAAACAGACCAUCAGGACUACUGUGAGGUGUGUCAGCAGGGUGGGGAGAUCAUUCUGUGUGAUACAUGUCCUCGAGCGUACCACCUGGUGUGCCUGGAGCCUGAGCUGGAGAAAGCCCCUGAGGGCAAGUGGAGCUGCCCUCACUGUGAGAAGGAAGGGAUCCAAUGGGAAGCGAAGGAAGAAGACUUUGAGGACUUUGAAGAGGAGUGUGAUGAUGUCCGGGAUGUGGAGGUGGGGCUGUGUGGAGAGGAAGAGGAGGAUGAUCACCUGGAGUUUUGUCGCGUGUGUAAAGAUGGAGGAGAGCUGCUGUGCUGCGACUCCUGCCCGUCGUCCUAUCACAUUCACUGCCUAAACCCCCCACUGCCCGAGAUCCCCAACGGAGAGUGGCUGUGUCCACGCUGCACUUGUCCACCAAUCAAAGGGCGAGUGCAGAAGAUUCUGCACUGGCAAUGGGGUGAACCCCCACCACCUGUACCUGUCCCUCCACCCCCAGAUGCGCCCCCUGAUGCCCCACCCCUUCCACCCAUGAAGGGCCGUCCAGAGAGAGAGUUCUUUGUGAAGCUGGCGGGACAGUCCUACUGGCACUGUACCUGGAUUACAGAACUACAGCUGGAGAUCUUCCACUCUGUGAUGUUCCGGAACUAUCAGAGGAAAACAGACAUGGAUGAGCCGCCCAGUCUUGACUACGGCUCUGGAGGAGAGGAUGAUACAGGAAAGAGUGAGAAGCGGAGGGCCAAAGACCCUCAAUAUGCCAUCCUGGAGGAGAAGUACUAUCGCUAUGGCAUCAAGCCAGAGUGGAUGAUGUUGCACAGGAUAAUCAACCACAGCGUGGAUAAAAAGGGGAACUACCACUACCUGGUUAAAUGGAGAGAUCUGACCUAUGACCAGUGUACUUGGGAGAGAGACGAUCUGGACAUCCCUGAGUUUGCAGUGCACAAAGCUGCCUACUGGAGACACAGGGAGGAAGUGAUGAAGGAAGACCCAGAGAAGCCGAGGAAGAUGAGGAAGAGAGAGGAGAAUGAUGAAGCUCCAGGCACCCCUGUUAAUGAUCCUACAAUCAAAUAUGAGGAGCAGCCGGACUUUGUGACAGAGACUGGAGGGACGCUGCACCUCUACCAGCUCGAAGGGUUGAACUGGCUGCGGUUCUCCUGGGCUCAGGGCACUGACACCAUCCUGGCUGAUGAAAUGGGCUUGGGCAAGACCAUCCAGACUAUCGUCUUUCUCUACUCACUGUUUAAAGAGGAAAAUCAAAAUGUCCACAUUAUCAGAGGAGAGGGCAGAUCUGGUCACACUAAAGGGCCGUUCCUGGUAAGUGCACCGCUCUCCACAAUCAUUAACUGGGAAAGAGAGUUUGAGAUGUGGGCCCCCAACUUCUACGUGGUCACUUACACCGGAGACAAGGACAGCCGUGCCAUCAUCCGUGAGAAUGAGUUCUCCUUUGAAGACACAGCGGUGAAGGGAGGAAAGAAGGCCUUCAAAUUACGGAGAGAAGCUCCCACUAAAUUCCACGUGUUGCUGACAUCCUAUGAGCUGGUGACCAUAGACCAGAACGUUCUCAAGUUCAUCGACUGGGCCUGUCUGGUGGUGGAUGAAGCCCACCGCCUCAAAAACAACCAGUCCAAGUUUUUCAGGAGACUGAAUGAUUACAAGAUUGACCAUAAGCUGCUGCUAACAGGAACUCCACUGCAGAACAACCUGGAGGAACUUUUCCAUCUGCUCAACUUCCUGACACCCAACCGCUUCAAUAAUCUAGAGGGUUUUUUAGAGGAGUUUGCAGACAUCUCCAAAGAGGACCAGAUCAAGAAGCUGCACGACUUGCUUGGGCCGCACAUGCUCCGGAGACUGAAAGCUGACGUGUUUAAGAACAUGCCGGCCAAAACUGAGCUGAUCGUGCGAGUGGAGCUAAGCCCCAUGCAAAAAAAAUACUACAAGUUCAUUCUCACUCGUAAUUUUGAGGCGCUGAACUCAAAGGGAGGAGGAAACCAGGUGUCUUUGCUCAACAUAAUGAUGGACCUGAAAAAGUGCUGCAACCACCCCUACCUCUUCCCUGUUGCUUCUGCUGAAGCUCCAAAAACACUGAGUGGAGCUUAUGAAGGUGUAGGUCUCACGAAGGCCUCUGGGAAACUCAUGCUGCUGCAGAAAAUGCUCAGAAAGUUGAAAGAACAAGGCCACAGAGUGCUGGUGUUCUCUCAGAUGACCAAGAUGCUGGAUUUGCUGGAGGAUUUCCUGGAUAAUGAGGGUUAUAAAUAUGAGCGAAUUGAUGGAGGCAUCACUGGAGCUCUCAGACAGGAAGCUAUUGACAGAUUCAAUGCUCCUGGAGCGUGUCAGUUUUGUUUUCUUCUCUCUACACGAGCGGGUGGUCUGGGCAUCAACUUGGCCACUGCAGACACAGUCAUCAUCUUUGACUCUGACUGGAAUCCUCACAAUGACAUUCAGGCCUUUAGCCGAGCUCACCGCAUUGGUCAGGCCAACAAGGUGAUGAUCUAUCGUUUUGUGACUCGGGCCUCUGUUGAGGAACGAAUCACCCAGGUGGCCAAGAGGAAGAUGAUGCUCACACAUCUGGUGGUGCGACCUGGUCUGGGCUCAAAAGCUGGAUCCAUGUCCAAACAAGAGCUGGACGACAUCCUCAAGUUUGGCACUGAGGAGCUUUUCAAGGAUGAGAUUGAAGCAGGGGACAAUAAGGACGAAGACAGCAGUGUAAUUCACUAUGACAACGCCGCCAUCGAGCGUCUGCUUGACCGCAGCCAGGAUGCCACGGAUGACUCCGACAUGCAGAACAUGAACGAGUAUCUCAGCUCCUUCAAGGUGGCGCAGUACACCGUCAGAGAGGACGACAAGAUCGAGGAGAUCGAGAGAGAGAUCAUUAAGCAGGAAGAGAACGUGGAUCCUGAUUACUGGGAGAAACUCUUGAGGCAUCACUAUGAGCAGCAGCAGGAAGAUCUGGCCCGCAAUCUCGGCAAAGGAAAGAGAGUCCGCAAACAAGUCAACUACAAUGACGCAGCCCAAGAGGACCAAGAGUGGCAUGCUGACAUUUCAGAUAACCAAUCAGAAUACUCCGUGGGCUCAGAGGAGGAAGACGAGGACUUUGAUGAGAGACCUGAGGGUCGCAGACAGUCACGCAGGCAGCUUAGAAACGAUAAGGAUAAGCCACUGCCCCCCCUAUUGGCCAGAGUGGGCGGCAACAUUGAGGUAUUGGGCUUUAAUACGCGCCAGAGGAAGGCCUUCUUGAAUGCUGUGAUGAGGUGGGGGAUGCCCGCUCAGGAUGCCUUCUCGUGCCAGUGGCUGGUGCGAGACCUCCGCGGCAAGAGCGAGAAAGAGUUCAAGGCUUACGUGUCGCUCUUUAUGAGGCAUCUCUGUGAGCCGGUGGCUGACGGUUCAGAGAUGUUUGCUGAUGGUGUUCCGCGGGAGGGGCUCUGCAGGCAGCCGGUCCUCACGCGUAUAGGGGUCAUGUCUCUGGUCAAGAAGAAGGUGCAAGAGUUUGAGCACAUUAACGGGAAAUGGAGCAUGCCUGAACUGAAGCCAGAGAUUACUGUGGACUCCAAGAAAUCUUCAAGAGCCUCUUCACCUGCCAUUAAGACUGACACUCCCACACCUGAACCCAGCUGCAACAACACACCCUGCACCUCCAAACCAGCCACUCCCUCUCCACCUGACAAGAUAGAAAAGAGCGAGAAAGAGGGUGAGAAACACGAGUGUGAGCCCCAGACAGAGUCUGAAAAAGAGAGAGAGGAGGAAGCAAAAGAAGGAAAGGAGGGGGAGAGUGCCGAAAGCACAGAGCAUGGAGAGACCUCCACCACAGUGAAAGACGGCGAGAAGGAUUUCUCAACCAAUGAAAAAUCUCAGACAUCCGAAGGUCCCACAACUGCUACUGAUGGCUCUAAAAUGAAAGAAAACCCUGACAUUCCUCCAUGCUCUCCCAAAGAAAAGAGUGAGAAAGAGAAACGAGUGGAGGAGAGCUCUGAGAAAGUGGCCUCCCCAGAGAAAAUGAAGGAAGAUUCCACGUCUGAUUGCCCAUCCGUUAAGGACGAGUGCAAAGAUGGUGUGAAAGGGGAGAAGGGAGAGAAAAGAGAGAAGGCAGGUGAAGAGAAAAAGAAGAGUGAGGUGACGGCUCCCACAGACGCAACAGAAAAGAAAGAGAAAACAGAUGGUCAAUCUUCUGAUGUAAAAAAAGAGGAGGUGAAGGGUGAAAAAGAUGCUGGGAAAGAGGUCAGAGGGCUGAGGGAGGAAGUACCCAAAGGCAACGGCAACCCCACAGAGCGUCCACGAUUCAUGUUCAACAUCGCAGAUGGUGGCUUCACAGAGUUGCACACUCUUUGGCAGAAUGAGGAGCGGGCAGCCAUUUCAUCAGGCAAGAUCAAUGAGAUCUGGCACCGGCGACAUGACUUCUGGCUGUUGGCAGGCAUUGUGUGUCAUGGCUAUGCACGGUGGCAAGACAUUCAGAACGACCCGCAGUUUGCCAUCAUCAACGAACCAUUCAAAACUCAAGCCAACAAGGGAAACUUCUUAGAGAUGAAGAACAAGUUCCUCGCCAGACGGUUUAAGUUGCUGGAGCAGGCCCUGGUGAUAGAGGAGCAGUUGCGUCGGGCUGCGUACCUCAACAUGACCCAGGACCCCACUCACCCGGCCAUGGCCCUGAACGCUCGUUUCACUGAGGUGGAAUGUCUGGCUGAGUCCCACCAGCACCUCAGCAAGGAAUCACUUGCGGGAAACAAACCUGCCAAUGCCGUCUUGCAUAAGGUUCUUAACCAACUGGAGGAGCUUUUGAGUGACAUGAAGGCGGAUGUAACUCGACUCCCAGCCACACUCUCUAGAGUCCCACCAAUCACAGCCCGUCUGCAGAUGUCAGAGAGAAGCAUCCUCAGCAGACUGGCCAACAAAGGCAACGAGACACUCACGUCACCGCCCAUUCCUCCGGGCCCCUAUGCCACGCCACAGAUCUUUGGUUCCCCUUUCACACCUGCACCUUCAGCGGCUCUCACUCUGGCAGGGGCCAACUACAGCCAGAUGCCCCCUGGCUCCUUCAUAUCAGUGUUGAACGGACCCCCCAUGUCAGUAAAGAAAGAGAGAGAUAUGGAGCUUCUGAUGGCACGAAGGGAACAGCGCAGUGGGGAGGUGAUCUGCAUCGACGACUGAAUUCAGCCCCUCUCAACACACACAUACAGAGAAACAGACACACAUACACAUGCUGACUCAAAGGACAUCUGCAUGCAAAUGUAAACAACUAUUCCUUCAGAACACGCAUACGGUAGAUGCAGACGUGCACCUGCAAACCUACAGUUUGAUGAAUGAACUCAGACUAUCCUCAGUAUCACGGCAGCACUUUCAUGGCACCUCGUGUUACAGCUACUUGUUAUUCAGCAGAGCAGGUGGUUUCCACACACACACACACAGAUACUGUAUUUCUCUUCCUCUCAUACUAUCUAUCCCAAAUAAGCCUCGCAAUUCAGGCAUCUCUGAGCAGUUCAGUCACACUCACACGUUCAUCCAAAACCCCGUAAUCUCGCUAGCGCCUCUUGACACAGACAUGAAGCUGCAUGUAUUUGGAAAAGCAUUCGAUGAGCUUUACUUCACCCGCAGUGAUUCGUUUUCUGACAGCAUGCACUUCACAGUCCAUGGUUUAGUCAAGCAAAACGCCCAAGCAUUAGCUGUGCCUACUUACUAGUGCAGUCUUUCAAGAGAACCCUCAGCACAAGCUAGCGUGACCGUUUUGGAGCCGCCAUGUACCGUAAACAUGCUUCAAACUGUUGAGCUCUUUUAGCUGCAAGGAGACUUGCUUAUUGGGCUUGGUAAUGAUUUGGGUUGGGAGAGUCACCAGUUUUCCCCUUUUUCUCCCAAUUUGGAAUGCCCAAUUCCCAAUGCACUCUAAAUCCUCGUGGUCGCAUAGUGAUUCACCUCAGUCCGGGUGGCAGAGGACGAAUCCCAGUUACCUCCGCAUCUGAGACCAUCAACCCACGCAUCUUAUCACGUGGCUUGUUGAGCAUGUUGCCAUGGAGACAUAGCACGUGUGGAGGCUUCACACCAUCCACCGCGGCAACCACGCUCAAUUCACCAAGAACAAACCACAUUAUAGCGACCACGAGGAGAUUACCCCAUGUGACUCUACCCUCCCUAGCAACCGGGCCAAUUUGGUUGCUUAGGAGACCUGGCUGGAGUCACUCAGCACGCCCUGGGAUUCGAACUAGCGAACUAGCGAACUCCAGGGGUGGUAGCCAGCGUAUUUUACCACUGAGCUACCCAGGCCCCCUGGUAGAGUCACCUUAAUAAACACCUAAAGUAAAGUAAAGUUUCAAACCUACCAUGACAGUAAGGAAGUAAUGUAUUAUGUUCAAUUACAAACAGUAUUGACUGCAAUAUUGUCUUUGGAUGAAAAGACAUGUUUGUUAUGAAGUUCGAGCCUUAGAAUGGGAUAUCAAGUAUUGACCCUUAAUGUUGUAUUACGGUGAGGUGAAAAGGGCUCAACAGCAUUGUUGAAAAUGCUGAAAAUUGAAAAUGUAACAUUGGCAAGACAUCUUCGUACCUCCCUCAAUGUUAAUGAUUGUUACUUGGUCCUGCACUUUCCAAACUCCUCCUCCUUUUUCUAUCUCUCUGAUCACCCAUCACUUCACCCUCUUUCAUUCAGACGAAUUGCUAACUUUUCCAUGUCUCAACUGCACUCCUUAUUUUUUUUUCAGAUUUCUCCUUUUUAUGAGCUCUUUAAUAUUGUUUUCUGUAUUUAAGAUCAGUUUCAUUGUGUUCUCCUGAUUUUAAUCCUUGUUAUUACAACUAUGAUUAUUGUUAAUGCUCUUAAUGUUGUCCUUGAUGUUACGAUUGCAAAGCUUCUACCAAAUGAAAAUAAUAAUUUAAAAAACAGUCGAAACAUUGAUACAUUGUAUGUUUGGUCCGUGACAUUUCUCUAUAGCGGACCUCUUGUAAUAAUAUUCAACGAAGAGGUUGGACGAACUUCGGAAUGAUCGACAUCAUUACUAUCUAAUAAACACUGCUGACUAUCUAGAUUUGAUGCAGUGGAUCACAUGUGGAACCGUAAAAUUGAAAACAUAUGAAUGCAUAUAUUCAAAUCAGCAAAUGAAAUUCCUUCUGCAUUUCCUUAAUGUUUCUUUGCAACCUUUGGCUCCUACAAAUACACAGCCUUGUACUGUGAUGGCCUUAAAUGGUAAUACAACUGUAUAGAGUUAACCUGCAGAUGUGAACUCUGUAUAGGGCUGCAGUUGUACUAAACUUAGCAAGGUCUCAAUUGAAACAGAACAUGAGUUGCAGUGUUAACUUAUUUGCUCCGGUCUCCAGCAUAGUUCCUCCUUUGUUGAAACUGAAAUAUUGCAGAUUUUAUUGCUUGGUAUUAUUUGGGAGAGUUGUGUCAAAUCAAACAAUUUCUUUCUAUUUUUCCUUUCUGUCUUUCUGUUGUGUCACUGUUGUUGUGAUUCCAGACAGUCAGUGACAAUGUUGUGAUUGACAUUCGGCACACCGAACGGAACAUGUUAAUAAUGCCUCUUUCUCUCUUUUGUUUUAUUUGUAAUAAAAUAAAAAUUCACAUGAA